CUCAUUGUUCUCUCAUACGUCCAUAACUAUCAUGCGCAACUGGUUGAAGGCUUGCUAGGAAAGACUGGAAACGCCCAGCCUUUGCUAGGACUUUGCUGGUCCUGGGCCGCAGACCUUCAGUGGGUAGCCAUUCAACUGCGCAGCGCUCACGUCUGUAAUCAUGUCAUCUGAUCUGUCAUGUGUAGAAGAGUGGUACGAGGAUAACUCUCGCGCGGGCUGCGGGGCUCGGUUGUCCAACUCAUCUCUUGCAAGCUAUGCAACCGAUGACUGGCUCACGACGUCGAGCUUGCUUAGUUUGGAGUGCAGCGAGGAUAUGGCUAUGGAGGACGCCUGCGAUGUGGACGCCUGCGAGGAGCCGGUUCCCUGCGCAGCGAUGAUGCUGCCGGGAUUCAACUCCUUUAAGGGAAACACGCCUGCAUAUUUUUACGAACCUGUUCACUUACAAGGUCUUCGCGAGCUGAUAAGAUCUGAGUUGCUAGUCCAAGCGCAAUUGUACGGCGGCGUGUACGACAACAAUAGCUACGUGCAUGGCAGCAGCAGCCCACCUAAACCUGAUGCGGCCGGGGAUAUUUCCGGGUUCCAAGAGGCCAACUCUUCUUGCCGCGGCUACUGCCCCGAUGUAAACGAUGGCGCAGGACGGCACGGAGGGCUCGUGCAUGUCGCCUCCAUCAACGUCACCGCAACCACCACCUCCCGACCUCUCAACCAGAGCAGCAGCGCCAACGACAGCAGCAUGGAGGGCAUCACCGGCACCUCCAGCCAACCUCUGCCUGCUGCUGCUACUGCCGCUGCUAUUCCCCCAGCCGCCGCCUCCUCCCAGCCCUCCUCCUCUCCGCUGUGCGGCUGGCCGGUGCGCUCCCUGGGUGACAGGCAGCUGCUGGUGGGCUGGAUGCGCGAGCUAGCGGCAGCAGGGGGGCUGCAGCGGGACACGCUCUGGGGUGCGGUGGGGCUGAUGGACCGAUUCGUGCUCGCAUCCUCAUCAGGCUCCUCCUCACCCGUAUCAGCCGCCCUCUCGACGGCAUCCUCAUCGCCCUCAUUGUUUUCUUCUUCGCCGCGUGAUCAUGAGGGCGUUUGUACGACAGCAGGACCUGGGCGGGGAUCUGGAUGCGGUCCGGGCUCAGGGUCGGAGUGCGACGGUGGUUUCUUUCCACCGCAGCGCAUGCUGCAGCUGCUGGCCAUUGCAUGCAUGUCUGUGGCUAUGAAGUUCGAGGAG